UAAUUUUAUAGCUGGCCUGGCUAGGUGAUGUCGCAGCCCGAAUAGUUGAACACUUACGCAACUGCACACUUGAGUGAACCGAUAAUCUGAAAAAUGGAGUAAAGCCGCGGCAAAAGCCCAGCAAAAUUCCCGUACGUGAUGAUAAUAUUAGGGUAUAUACCGUUCAGUCGCUGGAAAUUAUGGGCAACACUGUCUCAAAUAAACCUGACGAAAGAAUUCUUGGCUGCAACAGCGAAUAUUGUUACAGCAAUGCAGACCUUAUUGGACGCGGAACUUUCGGUCGCGUUUAUAAAGCCACGCUAACCAAGCGCGGCAAUUUUACUGGAGCAAGUGCCGUGGCUGUGAAGGAAAUCGUCAUUGCCAGUCCGGAAAUAUGGUUGAAGCGGCAGCACCGUCUGCAGGCUCUCAUUGCACUCCGACACGACCGCAUUGUGCCGUAUUACAGAAUCGCCGUUACUAAUACUGUGGGUGGCACCCUUGUUGAACUGAUGAUGGAUUUGUAUGAUGGUGAUCUCGCGACUGUUUUGAGAGAAGCUAAGAAGAAUAAAAGUCUCGAAGAUAAUUAUGAAAAGGUCAUCCGGUACGCCAAAAGCAUUACCUGUGGACUGCAGUUCCUUCAUGAAAACGGCAUCAUUCACGGAGACCUCAAGCCGGGCAAUGUCCUGAUUAAAUACUUGCCCAACAACACGGAAACACUCGUCAUUGGUGAUUUGGACGAUCUGAUUCUUAUGCAAGAAAAUACGACUUGUACAGCCGAUGUUUCGCAGCUACGCGGGACUCCCCGUUAUAUGUCGCCAGAAAUGCUGAGGAAAUUUUUAGCUGAACUUGGAAUGGUUAGUCUAGGGAGGCCGGGACGGAAAACGGAUAUCUGGAGCUUAGGUUGCAUCAUCCUGGAGAUGGCUGAGUGCUGCUUGCGAUAUCAUGUCAAGCAAUUAGAAAAUACUCAUAACGAUACCGUGAUCCAGGCGGGAGAUGCCAUUACUGACGAGUUGUUCAAAAUUCUGAUUGCGGAUGGUUACCGUCCGUAUGUCUGUGAUGCCAUACCUCGAGAUCUGGCUGCGUCAAUUCGACAGUGUUUGCAACGAGACAGCGAAAGCAGGAUAACGGCCGACGCUUUGCUACAGAAGCUGCACAAAACCAGAUUAAUAGUGUUCUUCCAACACAGCCUCUUCUUUCCAUUUGUAUGGUUGACCAGUGUUUUUGACCCGUUGACCGGUACCGUAGAGGAGCUGAAGAACCCGGAAGAUGUGUUGACGAAUUUUACUCCGGUUUUGAAUGACAGCCUGACCGCCACAGACCACGAAAUGUUGCUUUAUAGAGAAAACAACGGUAUUCACGAGUUACAUCUAUGGAAUGUCUGCCAACAAACAUGGCGCUCACUUAUCCUGCCGGUAGUAACGCAUUACGAGAAUCCUAUAGUAGUUGAUAACAAAAUUUACUUCUGGGAUGAGAAGGACGAAAAGCCGGUUUUUAAGGCGGUCAACCUUUCCGAAGGCAGCACGGUAGAGUUGAAUAACAUGCCAAGAUUGGAAUUAGUAACGGGAAUAACUACCAAAUUAGGGCCGAAAAUAUUUUACGCAACCGGAAGAAUGCGACCAUUUUCAACCUGGACUUGGGUGAAAUGUUUCGACACAAUCACUGGACAAUGGGAAUUCUUUCCCGACUUGCUCCAGGGUCACUCGCGCUUCGCCAUGGUUGCUACGGACAAGAACGUAUACAUCCUGGGCGGGAAAACCCUUUCCAGACAUCUGGGCCGAUGGGAAUGGGGAACCACAGCGUCCUGUAUCCGCUUGAACACACGAACCGCCACUUGGGAAGAGAUUUAUCCGCUGCGCCAACCACGCUACAAUCAUGCAGCGUGCAUCGUCGGUGAUCGCAUCUACGUGUGCGGCGGCAUGACGGCUAGCGAUGAGUAUGCACAAACCGUUGAGGUGUACGAUACCGAACUCAACGGGCCCUGGUCGACAAUAACCGGGUCAAUGACAGACGAGUAUCGGAAACGGCUUCAGACGUUCGUAAAAGCGUCCAAAAGUCAUCAUUAUACCUUUGCUUUCACGUUAGACCGAUGAAUCGGUACCGCUCUGAGUUCCGUACAGGUGAAAUCUCAUGUACUCUGUGCUGGUCUUGCAGAGUAUUUAAUGUUGCAUCAGGAUUGGCCUAGUUCUAGCAUUGGUUUACCAGAAAACCUUGAGCAUACGUUUCAGCAAACUACCGGAUGUUGUUGGUU